AUUAUACGUAUCUAAGGUACGGGAAGAAAUAGCGGCAGGCAAAGCAAAUAUAUUGCCGCCAAACAAUUGCGCCUACUAAACAAUUUAGAAUCUCGCUCUCACUUUUUCUCAGUUUCUCUGCUACCGAAUUCAAAAACUCUCUCUUAAAAGCUCGAAAAGAAAGCAAUGGCGAGUUCACCAUCUCAGGCUGUUGCAGAAGCUGAAUCUCAGCUGUCUUCUCUCGUCUAUGAGAUGUCGCAGCAUGUUCAGACGGCAAUGGAGAACAUGCUUAAGAUGAUAAGUGAAAUUGAUCAGAACUCUUCAGGAGUAAGGGAAGAGAUAGAGAAGUGCAAAGACUCUGCUCUUGAAAGGAAGAAAGGUUUGGAGGAAGAGAAGGAGCGGCUUCAGAAAGCUGCGUACACUAUUUUGGACAUGCUGAGUAACAGAGAUUGAAAACUCAAUUGUUGAAAGUAUAAAAUGAUAAGGUCAAGUACAUCCUCUUAGAGAAGUUCUGGGUGGGCAAUGGGAGCAGUUACUUCUGAACUUUUAGCAGUCUGUGAGACAUUAUCUUUCAGAAUAUUUGUUUGGCAAUAGUUGUAUCGGCUCUAUAGUGAAGGUCUGUGUUUUUACUAUACUCUAAUUGCCAUAUCUUAGUUUCAAUUUGAUAUCAAAAUAAGGCAUCUUUAUCUGUGUUCAUGUUUCAUCAAUAUCUUUGUUUAUUUACGAAAAAUGGUACUUUGAUAGUG